ACCAGCUGACGCAGGUAGGAUGACCGCGAGGGUGGCGUUCCUGGUGGUGAUGGCGGCGGUAGCGACGCGGGUGGUGACACACACACCCGGGAACACCAGCUCUCCUGCUCUCACCUCCACCCAGAGCAGCCCGGGUGAGCACCCACAUCUCCACCUCACCACAGCUGAGUUGAUUGCCGCCCGUGGGUACCCGGCUGAGGCUCAUCACGUCGUGACUAGCGACGGAUACAUUCUUGAGAUUCACCGCAUACCUCACGGCCGCCGAGGCCCCCGGGCCCGCCACACACACCCCCAUAAUAGAGAUGACGGGGUAUCGUCAGUGGAAUCAGUGGCGGGAAACCGGAACAUUAUCGCUCCAGGAGUUUCAACCUACAGUAAUGAGAGAAGCAGUAGCGACAACAGUAAUGAGAGCAGCAGCAGCAGCGACAACAGUAAUGAGAGCAGAGGUAGCGACAACAGUAAUGAGAGCAGCAGCAGAGACAACAGUAAUGAGAGCAGCAGCAGCCACAACAGCAGCAAGAACAGCAGCGGGCAGCGUAAAGCUGUGUUCGUCCUACACGGUUUUCUCUCUUCCAGUGCAGACUUUGUGAUGAACGACCCUGACCAGGCGCUAGGGUUCCUGCUGGCUGACGCAGGCUUCGACGUCUGGCUAGGCAACACCAGAGGAAACUUUUACGGCCGUCGACAUACCAACCUUACAACCAAACAGCCUGAAUUCUGGGACUUCAGCUGGAACGAAUUGUCGCGCUACGACGUGCCGGCCAUGCUGAGCUACGUUCGCAAGACUUCCAGGGUAGACCAGGUCAGCUACAUCGGACACUCAAUGGGCACUUCUCUCUUCUUUGCCAUGAUGGACUACCACCCACACAUCAACACCUGGGUGCGAGCAAUGGCAGCCCUGGCGCCAGCGGCCUACGUCCACCACAAGUACACGAUGGCUGGUGUCCUUGCUCCAUUCUUCGAAGGUGCCGAGAAAGAACUUCGUAAGCAUGGAAUAAUGGAAAUCUUCAGACUCACAACUGAAAGCUCAAAAAAAGUAUCAGAUAUGUGUGGUCCCAAAUCCAUCACCAGCUUCCUGUGUGUUCUGAUGUACUUUAUCAGCGGAGGCCCCAAUUCCAACUAUUUAGAUAAGGAAUACCUGCCAGUGAUCUUCGCCCACACGCCUGCAGGCUCCGGCUUGAAGGUUUUUACUCACCUGCGUCAACUCCACGCUUCACGCAAGUUCCAGGCCUACGACCACGGAGAGGCCAAAAACCUGGUGAAGUAUGGAAGGGCGUCGCCGCCUCAGUUCUCUCUCGCCGCCGUCCGCGUCCCCGUUGGUCUCUUCUGGUCUGAGAACGACUGGAUCGUUGAUCCUAGGGACGUGCGACAGACGGCAUCGGAGCUGCCUUGGGUGGCUCUUGACCACCAGAUUAAGCUGCGAGACUUCAACCACGUGGACUUCCUAUGGGCGGAGAACGCGAAUUACUAUGUAUAUGACCCCACUAUACGCUUCCUCGACAGCUUUCUCUGAAUGAAGAACGCAGAUUAACCUUAUUGAAAAAAAUACCUUCUAAAUAAUUGAUGAGAAUAACAUUAAGUGCAUAAAAUCGGUUCAGAUUAGAUUUUGAGAAUCCUGCAAGAAUGUGGUGUUUGAAAGACAGGCAACAAUUAGAAUAGUUUUCUCUACUGAUUACCUAUGGUGAAGGUGGUAGAUUCCGGCGAUGAGUCACAAUAACGUGGCUGAAAUAUGUUGACCAGACCACACACUAGAAGUUGAAGGAACGACGACGUUUCGGUCCGUCCUGGACCAUUCUCAAGUCGAUCGACUUGAGAAUGGUCCAGGACGGACCGAAACGUCGUCGUUCCUUCAACUUCUAGUGUGUGGUCUGGUCAACAAGGUGGUAGAUUACUUGACAGUUUUGUCAAGAAGGUAGGUGACAAUAUCUUCGUGCAAUAACAUCAAGAAAUUCUCAAGAUAGUGAUAAAUACCGAUAACUCGUAUUGCGUAACACAGUUAACAGGUUCAGAAACUAUGAGCUACAACUGACCAAACAGACUAGAUAAUCCAGACUACAAAAUUUAAGCUCAGUUUACUAGUUGGUUACACAGCAAAACCGUUCUAGCAUAUCUCGCAGUUACUAUGUAAUUUCAUCACUCACAUGGAAAGCCAACAGCUGUCACGCUUACGUGUUACAAAUAUAUAUAAACGUGUUGAUUGUUGGCGUCACGUUUAUAUAUUUUUGUUAUCGCCUGUAGUAUAAACAUAUGUUUUCGCCUGUUGUAUAAACAUACGUUAUCGCCUGUUAUAUAACAAGCGAUAACACCGAGGUUCCGAACCUUUAACAGUGUUAUGCUUGGUAUUUAAUCAGAGGAUGUUUCCCCACACAGUAGCACGUUGAUAAUUAUAUAUUUUAAACGAGAACAAAUGUUGACAUAAAUGAACUGUUAUAUUAGGUUUAAGGCCUGAAAAAGAGGUGAUUAUUUAUGUAUUGUUUUGUUUUUAAGAGAUUAUUUUAA